AUGUCGGCAACUUCCACCACGACGCCUUCAAGUUCGGCGUCACUGACGGGGACGCUUGCCUCAUCGUUGGCCUCGUCUCUGUCAACAGCCCUGUCUGCCACAGUCUCUGCCACCAUAAGCCCAAACGGAACCAUAUCCUCUUCUGUAUCAUCAACCACAUCCGCGUCGCCCCCGCCCACUACUUCGGUCGCACUGCCUGGUGUUAAUGUGGAGAGAUAUCAAGGGAUAACUCUGGUUGCGUUCCUCACUGCUCUGGCAACUGGUAUCACGGUUUUCGCCCUUCAGUUUAUUGCCUUCUUGCUUCUGCGGAACAAGAUUGCGCGCAUCUUUAAACCAAAGACAUAUCUUGUUCCAGAACGCGAAAGAACAGAGAGUCCUCCAAACACGCCAUGGAGCCUCCUCAGUACAAUGAUCCACUACAACGAACGCGAGAUCAUCAAGAAGUGCGGCUUGGACGCCUACUUCUUUCUCCGCUACCUCAAAACCCUACUUACAAUCUUCAUACCUAUUGCCGUCAUUGUCAUCCCUAUCCUGACCCCCCUCAACUACAGCGAUGGUGUGGGUCAUGACUUGGUCACUGACGCGAAGAACGAGACCAUCAACGGAACGAGCUCCGCCCGAGUCCGUCUCAGAAUCAGAGCCGGCGAAUCGGCCAACAGCGAAGCCAAGGAUAUUCCUACAGGCCUAGAUACCUUAGCCUGGGGCAAUGUUAGCAACACCCAUACCGGCCGGUAUUGGGCACAUCUGGUUCUGGCGCUGCUCGUCAUCAUAUGGGUCUGCACAGUCUUCUUUUUUGAGCUUCGCGUUUACAUCAAAGUCCGACAGGAUUACUUGACGAGUGCCGAGCACCGCCUCCGAGCCUCAGCCACGACCAUCCUUGUCAACAGCAUUCCUUCCAAAUGGUUGUCAGAGGAGGCUUUGAUGGGUCUGUUCGACGUGUUCCCUGGCCAAAUUCGGAAUAUCUGGCUCAACCGCGACUUGACCACACUGCUUGAGAAGAUCCAGCUGCGCGAAAGUAUCCACUUGAGAUUGGAGGCCGCUGAGACGGAGCUCGUGAAAGCUGCAAAGAAGAAGCAACUCAAGGUGAAAAAGAAGGAAGACAAGGCGGCCAGAAAACAGGCCAACGCCAAGGGGCCAACCAGGCAGGAAGAAGCCCUCAGGCGGCAGCGAGAGGAUGCCGAAGCCAAGAAGAGGGCCGAGGCUGGUCAAGGUUUCAGCUCUGGCGAGCACGAGGAUGUUCCCCACGACAUCAGCGCGAUCAUCGAUGAGAACAAGGACCCGAAAUCAAGACGGUCAAGUACCUCGUCUUCGGACUCAUCGGACGACGGUAAUCAACCGCAGUCCAGGGGCUUCGGCCUUGGGCUUCUUGGGGGCGGCAUUAAUAAAGUCAGCAAAGGCUUCCUCGGCGGUGUCGGCAAAGCCCAGCAAAACUUCAAGGAAUUCAGCGAUGAUGUGGAGGAGACCGUUGAGACAACCAAUGGCUUCGCGAUGCUGCAUCCAAGCGAACGUCCUCGCAGAGUCCAAAUUCUGACCGAAGGCGAACGACCUGAAACGCCCAAGAGUACAAGAAGCAUCACAGAGCAAGCCGAGCCAUCUACGAAUACACAAACGUACAAGACGCACUCCCGAAAUGUAUCCGGCGUCUCCCAGGCCACCACCGACCAGAACUACAAGCGAAGUUACGAACCAUUUGGCAACGGUAACACGGUGCGCAAAGUCAGCAACCUGGACCACAUGUACGACAAGGAACAACGCAAGUUCUGGCAAUUUUGGAAAGCCCCUGCUGGCGGCUACGCAUCGCCCGUGCCUCAGGGAUUCAACGAAGGCGAAUUCCCUUUUGGUCAGUCAAAAGACAAAACUAUGUGGCAGAAAAUCAAGGCCUACGUUCCCUUUAUGGGCGGAGCCGAGCAGGCACCCGUCGACUACCCCGAAUCCAACGCCAUCGGUGGCGAGUACAAGAACAUCUUGGACGAUGAUGCCGAGUGGCGCAAGUGGGUCAAGGAGAAGGACCGGCCGAUGCACCGGCUACCACGAUGGGGCUUCCCCGACUGGCUCGCCUGGCUUACUUUCGGCCCCAAGGUUGAUACCAUCUAUUGGUGCCGGUCUGAGCUGGCGCGUUUGAACGUCGAGAUCGACGACGAUCAAGCUCACCCUGAACGCUACCCUUUGAUGAACUCCGCCUUCAUCCAAUUCAAUCACCAGGUCUCGGCGCACAUGGCUUGCCAAAGUCUCAUGCACCACGUCCCGAAACACAUGUCACCCCGAAUCAACGAAGUUUCGCCCAAGGACGUCAUCUGGGACAACAUGGCCUUGAAGUGGUGGCACGAGUCCAUCCGGUCUGGUAUCGUCACCGUCGUCAUUGCGGCCAUGGCCUUUUUCUGGGCCAUCCCCAUUGCCUUUACGGCUUCCAUUGCCAACAUUGACAGUCUCGUGCAACAGUUUCCCUGGCUGAAAUGGAUCAAGAAGGAUCCCGUCGAGAAGGUCGCUGGUGCCAUCGCUGGUGUCUUGCCCGCUAUCCUGCUCGCUCUCCUCCUUUUGAUUGUCCCCCUGAUUCUCGAACAGCUUGCGCUCUUCCGUGGCGUCAAGACCGGGUCACAAAAGGCCGAGUUCGUCCAGCGCUUCUAUUUCAUUUUUCUUUUCAUCCAAGUCUUCCUCGUCGUGUCGAUUGCUUCGUUCUUUGUUGCAUCAUUCGACGAGCUGUUGAGCAACUUUGAGCAGCUCUCAAAUGUUACCAACAUUCUGAACAUCCUCGCCAGGAAUCUGCCCAGGGCAUCCAACUACUUCUUCUCUUACAUGUUGCUUCAGGCGCUCUCUGUCAGCUCCGGAACACUGCUCCAAAUCGGUGGCCUGCUCACUUGGUAUUUCCUGGCUCGAAUCUUCGAUACUACGGCUCGCGACAAAUGGAAAAGGAACACGACCCUCUCGUCGAUUGCAUGGGGUCAAUUCUUCCCGGUUUACACCAACUUCGCCUGCAUCGCCUUGGUGUACAGUGUAGUUGCGCCCUUGAUUUCCCUGUUUGCAGUCUUGACGUUCGGUCUGUUAUGGUUCGCGCAGCGUUACAGCAUGUUGUACGUCACGCGCUUCGAGACCGACACAGGUGGUGUCCUGUAUCCCCGCGCGAUCAAUCAGACGUUUACAGGCUUGUAUGUUAUGGAGGCUUGCUUGGCAGGCUUGUUCUUCAUCGUCCAGGACGAGAAUGGAAAGAAUACUGCAACGCCGCAGGGCGCCAUCAUGCUGGUAACGCUUCUCCUCACGGCAAUCUACCAAGUUUCGCUGAACACGUCCUUCGGCCCCCUGUUCCGAUACCUGCCUAUCACUAUCGAGGACGAGGCGGUAAUCAGGGACGAGGCAUUCCAGCGAGCUCAAAACCGACGUUUGGGACUCACCAACGACGACGACGACGAUGGCAUGGGGGACGAGAAGACGCCGAUGUCAAAUGGUGACCGAGCCAGAACAGGACCUCGCGGUAUUGAACUGCAGAAGAUGAACAACACGGGUGCGCCGAACCGGAAGCCAUCGACGAUGCGUCGGGUCAAAGACGUCGGCCACUGGGCCAAGCGGGAAGGCAAGAACCUCCGUAGCAAGACCUGGAACCUGGGAGCAGCUCCCGUCCACACGGCAGCCGAGUACCGCCGCCAGCAGCGACUCAAGGACCUCGAAGCCCAGCGGGCGCUCGGGGAGGCGCUGUACGGCGGGUUCCACGACGAAAUCGAAGACUUGACGCCCGCUGAGCGUGAUGCACUCGUUAAGAACGCGUUCAAGCAUUACGCUCUGCGAGCACGAGCACCCGCUGUGUGGAUCCCCCGCGACGAUAUCGGGGUCAGUGAUGACGAGAUUCGUCGCACAAAGGAGUACAGUGAGCACAUUUGGGUCAGCAACGAGGGAACGGCGCUGGACAGUAAGGUCCGCGUUGUGUACGGUGCUAACCCGCCGGAUUUCUCAGAGAUUGACAUUAUCAAUCUCUAA